UGUCGACCGGUCGCAUCGCAUCAUGUGUCCCAUUUGUGCCGUACUGCUGCUGCUGGCAACCCUGCUGACCUUGAUCUACAUCUUUCUGACCUGGAACUUUGGCUACUGGAAGAGACGAGGCAUCCAGACAGCCAAGGCAUGGCCCCUUGUCGGCAGCUUUCCCAGCGUGUUCACCCAGAAGCGGAACAUGGCCUACGACAUUGAUGAAAUCUAUCGGCAGUACAAGAACACGGAAAGCGUAGUGGGUGUGUUCAACACACGGAUCCCACAGCUAAUGAUUCUGUGUCCGGAAUAUGCGCACAAGAUUUUUGCGGGCGAGUUCCGUAGUUUCCACGACAACGAAAUUGGAAAGUUUACAAACAAAAAGGUGGACAAGAUCUUGGCCAACAAUCCGUUCAUACUAACAGGAGAAGAUUGGAAGGAGAGGCGCGCUGAGAUAACACCCGGACUUUCUGCCAAUCGGGUCAAAGCCGUCUAUCCAGUGUCGCAGAGCGUGUGCAAGCAUUUUGUGGAAUACAUCAAACGUCAGCAGCGCAUGGCCACCUCCGAUGGCAUCAAUGCAAAGGACCUGUGCCUGUGCUACACCACCGAGGUGGUGUCCGACUGUGUGCUGGGAAUCUCCGCCCAGAGCUUCACGGAAACCCCCACGCCGCUGGUGGGCAUGAUCAAGCGCGUGUUCGAGCAGUCCUUUGGCUUCAUCUUCUACACGAUGGCGGCGAACCUCUGGCCACCCAUUCGAAAGAUCUACAGCGUGCCGCUGUUCGCCAAGGAGGUGGAACAAUUCUUCUUCGACAUCAUGGAAAAGUGCAUAAUCUUGCGGCGAGAGAAUCCUAAGCAACAGCGCGAGGACUUCCUCAACUAUAUGCUGCAGCUGCAGGAGAAGAAGGGACUGGACACCACGGAGCUGACAUCACACACGAUGACAUUCCUCACGGACGGCUUCGAGACCACGGCUUUGGUGCUCUCCCACACGCUCCUGCUGCUCGGUCGCAAUCCGGCGGAGCAGCGGAAGGUGCGCGAUGAGAUUGGGAAGGGAGAUCUAACUUUUGAGCAGCUGAGCGAGCUGCCCUACAUCGAUGCCUGUAUUCAUGAAACCUUGCGUCUUUUUGCGCCCCUCCUGUCCGGCCGCAAAUUAGUGACUGAGGCCUACGACUUUGUGAACAAGAACGGUGUGACCGUGCGCGUCCAUCCCGGGGAUGUGGUGAUCAUUCCAGCCCAUUCUAUGCACCACGAUCCGGAGUACUACGAGGAUCCAGAGGUGUUCAAGCCGGAGCGUUUCCUGGAAAUCAAUGGCGGAGUGCGCAAAUAUCGGGAAGCAGGCGUAUACUAUGGCUUCGGCGAUGGACCACGCGUUUGUCCAGGCAUGCGGUUCGCUCUCACCCAAGUCAAGGCUGCCUUGGUCGAGAUUGUUCAGAACUUUGAGAUUAAGGUCAAUCCCAAGACGCGAUCGGACAACGAACUCGACGAUACCUUCUUCAUGGCCACCCUGAAGGGUGGAAUCUGGCUGGACUUUGAGGCGCACAAAUAAACCUUCUCGAUCGAUUUUAGAUCGAUUCGAUCAUUGUAUAUUAUUACUACUCAAA